AUGGGUAACCAAGCUCGGCCACGGAUCGACCGGUACGGGUGGACUGGGAAGACUCCAGCACAAGUUGGCAUCGCCAUGGGCAUGAGUGACAACCGGUGCGGAGAUCUUGCUAUAAGUGGCCGUGGGCCGCCAAUGCCUAUUGAUGAGGCUCUGCGCAAUUACUGCAACAUACCCGGUCGUGGAUUUCUGGUUGUUGCUAUCGAUCAGGACUAUGAGUCCCACGUCUUCAAGUCAGCGAACUGCCCAUCGGAAAUUGAUCGGUUCGUCGACAGGAAGAGCCUGAAGGCUCAUCUACUCAAGCUGAAGAACAGCACGCAAGCUCAAGGCACAGAAUUGUCGCCCACCAGUGUUCCGGCUUAUGGGAAAAGCCCUCCAACAACAACACCGUUCUCUGUCAAUGCCCUGAAACGCGUAGGCAAUGGCGAUCAGUACUAUCAAACAGGCGGUCUUGAAAGCGAUGACUUCCCAACUGCAAGAAAAAGAAUGCGGCAGUCGUCCAUGUAUGACGACGAGUCACGGCCCACAACACCAAGGAUGGCGCCAACGCCCAAGGGGCGUCGCAUCCGAAUCGACAACAGCAAAGACAUCUGGGAAUUCUAUGAGCAGCAGUUCAAGAACUGCCAACAAACAGCGUGUAAGCUUAUUGCAAAGGCCUGGGUGAAGGCGGUCGAACCGAAAAAGCAGUCAACACAUCCCUACACCGGAAAGGACGAAAAGGCACCAGACUGGUGGCCCAAACCUUGGGGCAACUCCAAAGACGAGAGGGUUCGACACAAAGAACCGGACCAUCUGUACAAGCGAGAACGGGUCUAUUUGCUGUGCCACAUUCUCCGUCUCGUGAUACAGCCUCUCGAAUCACAACAUCCGGCAAUCCAAAAGGUCAACCUCGACGUCAAGAAACUGGAUGAAAUCACCAUGGAAGCGUUGUCGACUUUCUUCACGGAUAAGGAGAAUCCCAACAACGAGAGGAAGAGACCCUACCUCAGAGACAUCUUCAAGGUUGCCAAACAGGAAGAACGCUUCCAGCGAGGCGAAAUCGACCCAUCCGUGUGCGUGCAUGUCAGACCCGACGAGCGCGCGAGCACCGAGGAAGAUGUGCCAUCCCAGAACGAGGAUGACGAGCCCCCUGUCUACUCCACCAUGGCCGAGCCACCAAAGCAGCAUGGGCCGCCACAGAUUAUGGUAUCACAUGAUACAUUAUCAACAGGGGCAAGUGCUGGUCGGACUAGCUUCUCCGGAACUACGUUUAUGGACAACCAGCCUCGUUAUCACCAAAUCGGGCCGCUUGAUAAUGGCGGGUUAACAUCGACAAUGCAUCCACAUGAUGGGCUCGACCUGACCGACGAAUUCAUCUAUGCCGGCUCGGAAGGAUCAACCAGGAGGGACUCGGCUUUCCAGACGACAAACACAGACUUUACAAGUCCGACUACGCCCGUUACAUCCUGGUAUACUGCGGCUGCAACCCACCCAACAACAAUGUACAGCAUACACUCUGUGCCUUCGGGUCAUGUACACGGCCACCAGGCGGUGCCUCUCUCACACAAUCUACUUGGGAUGGACGACUUUUCCAGGAACUUUGGGCAACAUCCCACUCACGGCGGAGAACUCCAUGACACGAGCAUGGAAGCCAUGUCUCUUCAGCACCAAGCUACUUACUCGGGUUAUGCCGGACACCAUGGACCUGGUCUUGCGGGGCCUAUCAAGCUCGAGACUCACCACGCGGGCCUUGGCCAACACACGAGUGGGCGGUAG